GCCAAUGGCCGGGGUCCUAUAAACGCUACGGUCCGCGCGCUCUCCCGCAAGAGGCAAGAGGUAGCACCAGCGAGCGUGCCGGUAGCUAGUCGCGGGUCCCCGAGUGAGCGCGCCAGGGAGCUGGAGACCAAGCGACGGGAGUCGGAGUCAGAGUCGCAGUCGGAGUCCCCAGACCAGAGCACAAGCCUGGGCCGGAGAGCGCCGCUCGCACGCCCGCCGCCACCCGCGUACCCGGCGCAGCCAGAGCCACCAGCACAGCGCUGCCAUGGAGCCCAGCAGCAAGAAGUUGACGGGUCGCCUCAUGCUGGCCGUGGGAGGAGCAGUGCUUGGCUCCCUGCAGUUUGGCUACAACACUGGAGUCAUCAAUGCGCCCCAGAAGGUGAUUGAGGAGUUCUACAACCAGACAUGGAUCCACCGCUAUGGGGAGCGCAUCCUGCCCACCACGCUCACCACACUCUGGUCCCUCUCUGUGGCCAUAUUCUCCGUUGGGGGCAUGAUUGGCUCCUUCUCUGUGGGCCUUUUCGUUAACCGCUUUGGCCGGCGGAAUUCAAUGCUGAUGAUGAACCUGCUGGCCUUCGUGUCUGCCGUGCUCAUGGGCUUCUCGAAACUGGGCAAGUCCUUUGAGAUGCUGAUCCUGGGCCGCUUCAUCAUCGGUGUGUACUGCGGCCUGACCACAGGCUUCGUGCCCAUGUAUGUGGGUGAGGUGUCACCCACAGCCCUUCGUGGGGCCCUGGGCACCCUGCACCAGCUGGGCAUCGUCGUUGGCAUCCUCAUUGCCCAGGUGUUCGGCCUGGACUCCAUCAUGGGCAACGAGGACCUGUGGCCCCUGCUGCUGAGCAUCAUCUUCGUCCCAGCCCUGCUGCAGUGCAUCGUGCUGCCCUUCUGCCCCGAGAGCCCCCGCUUCCUGCUCAUCAACCGCAAUGAGGAGAACCGGGCCAAGAGUGUGCUGAAGAAGCUGCGCGGGACGGCUGACGUGACCCAUGACCUGCAGGAGAUGAAGGAAGAGAGUCGGCAGAUGAUGCGGGAGAAGAAGGUCACCAUCCUGGAGCUGUUCCGCUCCCCCGCCUACCGCCAGCCCAUCCUCAUUGCUGUGGUGCUGCAGCUGUCCCAGCAGCUGUCGGGCAUCAAUGCUGUCUUCUAUUACUCCACGAGCAUCUUUGAGAAGGCAGGGGUGCAGCAGCCUGUGUACGCCACCAUUGGCUCCGGCAUUGUCAACACGGCCUUCACUGUUGUGUCGCUGUUUGUGGUGGAGCGAGCAGGCCGGCGGACCCUGCAUCUCAUAGGCCUGGCUGGCAUGGCAGGUUGUGCCAUACUCAUGACCAUCGCGCUGGCACUGCUGGAGCAACUACCCUGGAUGUCCUAUCUGAGCAUCGUAGCCAUCUUUGGCUUUGUGGCCUUCUUUGAAGUGGGUCCUGGCCCCAUUCCAUGGUUCAUCGUGGCUGAACUCUUCAGCCAGGGUCCACGUCCAGCUGCCAUUGCUGUUGCAGGCUUCUCCAACUGGACCUCAAAUUUCAUUGUGGGCAUGUGCUUCCAGUAUGUGGAGCAACUAUGUGGUCCCUACGUCUUCAUCAUCUUCACUGUGCUCCUGGUUCUGUUCUUCAUCUUCACCUACUUCAAAGUUCCCGAGACUAAAGGCCGGACCUUCGAUGAGAUUGCUUCCGGCUUCCGGCAGGGGGGAGCCAGCCAAAGUGACAAGACACCCGAGGAGCUGUUCCAUCCCCUGGGGGCUGAUUCCCAAGUGUGAGGCGCCCCAGACCACCAGCCCGGCCUGCUCCCAGCAGCCCUAAGGAUCUCUCAGGAGCACAGGCAGCUGGAUGAGACUUCCAAACUGACAGAUGUCAGCCGAGCCGGGCCUGGGGCUCCUUUCUCCAGCCAGCAAUGAUGUCCAGAAGAAUAUUCAGGACUUAACAGCUCCAGGAUUUUAACGAAAGCAAGACUGUUGCUCAAAUCUAUUCAGACAAGCAACAGGUUUUAUAAUUUUUUUAUUACUGAUUUUGUUAUUUUUAUAUCAGCCUGAGUCUCCUCUACCCACAUCCCAGGCUUCACCCUGAAUGGCUCAGUGCCUGAGGGUGGGGACUAUGCCCUGUCCAGACACUUGCCUCCUUCACCAAGCUAAUCUGUAGGGCCGGACCUAUGUCCUAAGGACACACUAAUCGAACUAUGAACUACAAGGCUUCUAUCCCAGGAGGUGGCUAUGGCCACCCCUUCUGCUGGCCUGGAUCUCCCCACUCUAGGGGUCAGGCUCCAUUAGGAUUUGCCCAUUCCCAUCUCUUCCUACCCAACCACUCAAAUUAAUUUUUCCUUACCUGAGACCAGUUGGGAGCACUGGAGUGCAGGGAGGAGAGGGGAAGGGCCAGUCUGGGCUGCCGGGUUCUAGUCUCCUUUGCACUGAGGGCCACACUGUCACCAUGAGAAGAGGGCCUGUGGGAGCCUGCAAACUCACUGCUCAAGAAGACACGGAGACUCCUGCCCUGUUGUGUAUAGAUGCAAGAUAUUUAUAUAUAUUUUUUGGUUGUCAAUAUUAAAUACAGACACUAAGUUAUAGUAUAUCUGGACAAGCCAACUUGUAAAUACACCACCUCACUCCUGUUACUUACCUAAACAGAUAUAAAUGGCUGGUUUUUAGAAACAUGGUUUUGAAAUGCUUGUGGAUUGAGGGUAGGGAGGUUUGGAUGGGAGUGAGACAAAAGUAAGUGGGGUUGCAACCACUUCAGCGGCUUAGACUUUGACUCAGGAUCCAGUCCCUUACACGCACCUCUCAUCAGUGUCCUCUAUUGCUCAAAAAUCUGUUUGAUCCCUGUGACCCAGAGAAUAUAUACAUUCUUUAUCUUGACAUUCAAGGCAUUUCUAUCACAUAUUUGAUAGUUGGUGUUCAAAAAGACAGCAGUUUUGUGCCAACCGUGAUGCUCAGGCUUGAAAUGCAUUAUUUUGAAUGUGAAGUAAAUACUGUACCUUUACUUGACAG